AUGCACCCCCGAGCAUCGACCCUGGGGAGCAGGGACCCCGCUGUACCACCCCCGAGCAUCGACCCUGGGGAGCAGGGACACCGCUGUACCACCCCCGAGCAUCGACCCUGGGGAGCAGGGACACCGCUGUACCACCCCCGAGCAUCGACCCUGGGGACCCUGGGGAGCAGGGACACCGCUGUACCACCCCCGAGCAUCGACCCGGGGGAGCAGGGACACCGCUGUACCACCCCCGAGCAUCGACCCUGGGGAGCAGGGACACCGCUGUACCACCCCCGAGCAUCGACCCUGGGGACCCUGGGGAGCAGGGACACCGCUGUACCACCCCCGAGCAUCGACCCGGGGGAGCAGGGACACCGCUGUACCACCCCCGAGCAUCGACCCUGGGGAGCAGGGACACCGCUGUACCACCCCCGAGCAUCGACCCUGGGGACCCUGGGGAGCAGGGACACCGCUGUACCACCCCCGAGCAUCGACCCUGGGGACCCUGGGGAGCAGGGACACCGCUGUACCACCCCCGAGCAUCGACCCUGGGGAGCAGGGACACCGCUGUACCACCCCCGAGCAUCGACCCUGGGGAGCAGGGACACCGCUGGACACCGCUGUACCAUCCCCGAGCAUCGACCCCGGGGUUCCCUGGGGAGCAGGGACACCGCUGCAACACCCCCGAGCAUCGACCCUGGGGAGCAGGGACACCGCUGUACCACCCCCGAGCAUCGACCCUGGGGGAGCAGGGACACCGCUGUACCACCCCGGAGCAUCGACCAUGGGGAGCAGGGACAACGCUGUACCACCCCCGAGCAUCGACCCGGGGGAGCAGGGACACCGCUGUACCACCCCCGAGCAUCGACCCUGGGGAGCAGGGACACCGCUGUACCACCCCGAGCAUCGACCCUGGGGACCCUGGGGGAGCAGGGACACCACUGUACCACACCCGAGCAUCGACCCUGGGGACCCUGGGGAGCAGGGACACCGCUGUACCACCCCCGAGCAUCGACCCUGGGGAGCAGGGACACCGCUGUACCACCCCCGAGCAUCGACCCUGGGGAGCAGGGACACCGCUGUACCACCCCGAGCAUCGACCCUGGGGAGCAGGGACACCGCUGUACCACCCCUGAGCAUCGACCCUGGGGACCCUGGGGAGCAGGAACACCACUGUACCACCCCCGAGCAUCGACCCUGGGGAGCAGGGACACCGCUGUACCAUCCCCGAGCAUCGACCCUGGGGACCCUGGGGAGCAGGGACACCGCUGCACCACCCCCGAGGAUCGACCCUGGGGAGCAGGGACACCGCUGUACCACCCCGAGCAUCGACCCUGGGGAGCAGGGACACCGCUGCACCAUCCCCGAGCAUCGGCCCUGGGGACCCUGGGGAGCAGGGACACCACUGUACCACCCCCGAGCAUCGACCCUGGGGAGCAGGGACACCGCUGCACCACCCCGAGAAUCAACCCUGGGGACCCUGGGGAGCAGGGACAACCGCUGUACCACCCCCGAGAAUCGACCCUGGGGAGCAGGGACACCGCUGCACCACCCCCGAGAAUCGACCCUGGGGACCCUGGGGAGCAGGGACACGGCUGCACCACCCCCGAGAAUUGA